AUGGGAUACAAAGUUGACUGUUCAGCGGAUUGGCAAAAAGGAUGUACAAUAUUUUUGUCUCCAUUUGAAACUACCUAUGAUACUUUUCUUGGAUAUCUAAAAGAAAAAACUUUAGAAUUAGGAUUUACUUUCGAUUAUAAUAGCGACCAAUACGAUUAUGACACGGUGAAUGAAAAAAUAAAAAAAAAAGUUCCUUUUGAUGUAAAGAAUCAAUUUGCCAAAGGUUUAGGCACUUUCAAUCCUAGAUAUCCUAUAGAUGUUAAAGUGGUUCCUAAAUUAGACGCAAUAAAUGGAAAUACAUAUUCCUCAAAAGAGUAA